AUGCCUCCCCCCGUUGAAGAUAUGUCCGACGAGGAAUCCGGCGAUAUUCCUUUCAGAAAUGCGUCAGAAACAAAUGGCAAAGAUGCCCAAGACUCCCCGGAAGACGAAGGAGACGAAGAGGAUGAGGAUGAGGUGGAAGAUGGACUCUACAUCGUCGAGAAAAUAAUUCAACACUCUUGGCUUGAUGAUGGAACCCUUAAGCUCUUCGUGAAAUGGAAGGGCUAUGACAAAAUUGAAGACCAUACAUGGGAAGACGAGGAGGGCCUUAUGGAGGGAGCCCGCGACAUUGUCACAGAAUACUACAAGAAGAUCGGUGGUCGCCCGAAGAAGAGCGAAGAGAAGUCUACGGCAGCAAAGCCAGGUCGGAAGCGCAAAUCCAUGGGUGAUUCCAAGAUAGCUACGCCCUCACCGGCGCCUGCAGCGAGCGAAGCUAAGAGACAGCGCCGAAAGUCAGUGCCUAAGGAGAUAAGCAAGGAGACAACCAAACAAGCUUCGUCCGCGUCCGAAGAGAAUAAUACUCAAUGGCUUCCAAAGGGGAAGAACUGGGAUAAGGAUGUGAAAUCGGUGGACACAAUUGUCCGGGAAGGCAGCGCGGGUCUCAUGGUCUGGCUCGAGUUCAAUAAUGGACACAAGGCGAAACUAUCCCUUCAUGCCUGCUAUGAAAAGUGCCCUAUGAAAAUGCUUCAGUUUUACGAAUCGCAUCUUGUCUUUAAGGACAAUUAA